UGGAUUCUCCAUCUGUUUCUAGUUUCAGUUUUAGCUGCUGUCCUGUCUGAAGUGGGACUCUGUGGCUUUGAUUUGCAUUUUCCUGCUGACAAAUGGACCCAAACACUGUUUCCUUGCUAUUGGUCACUUGUGUCGGACGACACUGAGGACACAGAGGAUGUCCGAAGAAUGAAAUGAGCAGAUGGAACUUUGAAGGCUGAGUCAACGGGCAGAGGGAAUCCGGAGAUCGUCAAUGGCAGGAGAAAGAGCAACCAGAAGACCGAGAUGAAUUUCAACACUAUCCUAGAAGAGAUUCUUAUUAAAAGGUCCCAGCAGAAAAAGAAGACAUCACCCUUAAACUACAAAGAGAGACUUUUUGUACUUACAAAAUCCGUGUUGAGCUACUAUGAGGGUCGAGCGGAGAAGAAAUACAGAAAGGGCGUCAUUGAUAUUUCCAAAAUCAAGUGUGUGGAGAUAGUGAAGAACGAUGAUGGUGUCAUUCCCUGUCAAAAUAAAUUUCCAUUCCAGGUUGUUCAUGAUGCUAAUACACUUUAUAUUUUUGCACCUAGUCCACAAAGCAGGGACCGAUGGGUGAAGAAGUUAAAAGAAGAAAUAAAGAACAACAAUAAUAUCAUGAUUAAAUACCAUCCUAAAUUCUGGGCAGAUGGGAGUUACCAGUGUUGUAGACAAACAGAAAAACUAGCACCCGGAUGUGAGAAGUACAAUCUUUUUGAGAGUAGUAUAAGAAAGACCCUGCCUCCCGCGCCAGAAAUAAAGAAGAGAAGGCCUCCUCCACCAAUUCCCCCAGAGGAAGAAAAUACUGAAGAAAUCGUUGUAGCGAUGUAUGACUUCCAAGCGACGGAAGCACAUGACCUCAGGUUAGAGAGAGGCCAAGAGUAUAUCAUCCUGGAAAAGAAUGACCUCCAUUGGUGGAGAGCGAGAGAUAAGUAUGGGAGUGAAGGAUAUAUCCCAAGUAAUUACGUCACAGGGAAGAAAUCCAACAACUUAGAUCAAUAUGAGUGGUACUGCAGAAAUACCAACAGAAGCAAAGCAGAACAGCUCCUCAGAACGGAAGAUAAAGAAGGUGGUUUUAUGGUGAGAGACUCCAGUCAACCAGGCUUGUACACUGUCUCCCUUUACACAAAGUUUGGGGGAGAAGGCUCAUCAGGUUUCAGGCAUUAUCACAUAAAGGAAACAGCAACAUCCCCAAAGAAGUAUUACCUGGCAGAGAAGCAUGCUUUCGGGUCCAUUCCUGAGAUCAUUGAAUAUCACAAGCACAAUGCGGCAGGGCUUGUCACCAGGCUGCGGUACCCGGUCAGUACAAAGGGGAAGAACGCUCCCACUACUGCCGGCUUCAGCUAUGAUAAGUGGGAGAUUAACCCAUCAGAGCUGACCUUUAUGAGAGAGUUGGGGAGCGGACUGUUUGGAGUGGUGAGGCUUGGCAAGUGGCGGGCCCAGUACAAAGUGGCCAUCAAAGCUAUCCGGGAAGGCGCCAUGUGUGAAGAGGAUUUCAUAGAGGAAGCUAAAGUCAUGAUGAAGCUGACACACCCCAAGCUGGUACAGCUCUAUGGUGUAUGCACCCAGCAGAAGCCCAUCUACAUCGUUACCGAGUUCAUGGAACGGGGCUGCCUUCUGAAUUUCCUCCGGCAGAGACAAGGCCAUUUCAGCAGAGACAUGCUGCUAAGCAUGUGUCAAGAUGUCUGUGAAGGGAUGGAGUACCUGGAGAGAAACAGCUUCAUCCACAGAGACCUGGCUGCCAGAAAUUGUCUAGUGAAUGAAGCAGGAGUUGUCAAAGUAUCUGAUUUUGGAAUGGCCAGGUACGUUCUGGAUGAUCAGUACACAAGUUCUUCUGGCGCCAAGUUCCCUGUGAAGUGGUGUCCCCCAGAAGUGUUUAAUUACAGCCGCUUUAGCAGCAAGUCAGACGUCUGGUCGUUUGGUGUGCUAAUGUGGGAAAUAUUCACAGAAGGCAGGAUGCCCUUUGAGAAGAACACCAAUUACGAAGUGGUAACCAUGGUGACUCGUGGCCACCGCCUCCACCGGCCAAAGCUGGCUUCCAAAUAUUUGUAUGAGGUGAUGCUGAGAUGCUGGCAAGAGAGACCAGAGGGAAGGCCUUCCUUUGAAGACUUGCUGCGUACGAUAGAUGAACUAGUUGAAUGUGAAGAAACUUUUGGAAGAUGAAUGGUGGCCCCAGUUUCCAAGGCAAGAGGAAGAAAUGGUGUGCCAUCGGAACGCAAUUCUCUUGGCACCUGGGAGUAUAGACUGCUCUGCUUACAACACGGGAGCCCCAGCGCAUCUGCUGCUGAUCCAGCCUGAGCUCAGUGGCUGCUUUGCCGGCUGCACAGAUGGUCUCUCAGAGCUGGUGACUUGAAGCACUCAUUUUGCUCAUUUCUUCAAGGGUUUGAGUGCCAGCCAUGUAUACCAGGCUCUGUGCCCAGGCCUCAGGAGAUGAACAUGGGACUAUGCUAGCUGAUGCUAGCAGAAAGCCAGGGUGGUUGUGAUGGGGACGAGUCAUGUCCCAGCGUCUCUUCCAUGCCCUUUGGCUUUUACAUAAACCUGGGCCUGGAGUGUUGUCUACCACUGAGUUCUAGGAAAAGCAGGAACCCACCUGGAUACGUAGUAAUCCUCUGUUUUGGAAACAUCUCUUUCCAAACUUGUUCUUAGUAGUAUGCUUAAAAAUUUGUAUAUUGUAUAUAUUGUAAAUACAUAUAAUAUAUAAAGUUAUAUAUUUAUAAGUAAC